AUGUCAGAAAAGAAAGCCCACAUCAAGCGCAAACCCGCACCGUUGGCGGUGCCGCAGCCUGGGGAAGAUGCGGCGGAGAGGAAACGAGUACUCAACGUCCUUGCUCAACGACGAUAUCGGCAGAGGCGAAAAGAGCACAUCAAAAAGCUCGAGGCCCAGGCAGCAGACGCGAAUGGGGACUCUGGUGUCCUGUAUCCGCAGAACUUUCCUCUGCCGACAGACCCAGAUAAAUCACCAAACGCCAUUGCAACACAGUCAGAUACUGGUGCUCAAUUAUCGCAGUCAUCCAUCCAAACAUCGGAGACAUCAUUCAAUGGCAGUAUCUGCGAUUAUCAGAUCGAGACGACGGGGGAAACUGCGUCGCUCCCUGUUUUGCUGGAUGCCUUUGCUAGCUACGAUGCAUAUUCGUUCACUGGCAUUCCGAUCGAGGACCCGGCUCUCUGGGAUACUUCAGGAGUUCUGCCUUCGUUACCAAGUUCACCGCUAUCGUCGUCAAAGCAUACAUCGUCAAGCGAGGGUGAAGCCUGGUUAUUGACACCUCUUCCGGAUUCCCAAGAACCUUCUGAGACCGGCCAGAAGACGCCCCUCGCGCAAUCAAUUUGUGACCAGGAAAUGACAUAUUCUUUCCCAGACGAGGCGCACCUAGAGAUGGCAGAACUUACCUUACUUCGGGGGUGUAUGGCAAUUGCCAGGCGGAUGAAAGUCCAAGACAUCAUAUGGUCCCUGACCGCGAAGUCGCCAUUUGCUGAUUCUUCCGCGCCUCUGGCACAAUUCAAUCACCUACCAGAUAAUUUGCAGCCGACCCUGAUCCAACUGACCAUUCCACACCACCCAGUUAUCGACCUUCUUCCGUGGCCGUCGGCGCGUGACAGAAUGAUCAACGUCUUGUCACAGCCUCCGGAAGUUCGGCCUCCAGGGGCAGCCUCGCCAAUGGCUCUGUUGGACUUCGUGUAUGACCUGGAAGACAGCGCCGAGGGGGUAAGGAUAAGCGGCAGCGAUCCGUAUUCCGGGAAGAAUUGGGAAGUGGGUGAGAAGGUAUUCAAGUCCUGGUGGUGGGUUUUCGACAGGGAUAUCGUCAAGAGAAGUAACGAGUUGCGUGCGUUGAGGGGCGCGCCAAUGCUGGGAACGGGGAGUAUUCUGGGAGAGGUAGGAUGA